UCAGCUCCUAUUUGUUCAUCUGUAUCCACUAUUUACGAGAAGGAAGGGGGAGGAGAGCAUUGCUAUUACCAGGGCCAAAUUCGAGGAAAUCCUGAAUCGUUUGUUGCAUUGUCGACAUGCCAUGGACUUCAUGGGAUGUUCUAUGAUGGGAAUCAUACUUACCUUAUUGAGCCAGAUGAAAACUACACAUCAAAUGAAGACUUCCACUCUGUUUACAAAUCAAAGCUAUUUGAAUUUCCUUUGGAUAACCUACCAGCAGAAUUCAAGCAAAUGAACACUACAUCACAGAAGUUUGUUGUAAAGUCAAGACACAAAAGGAGUAGAAGACAGGUUCGUCAGAUUCCACAUAAAGUUGAGGAGGAAACAAAAUACAUUGAGCUAAUGAUUGUUAAUGAUCAUCUAAUGUGUAAAAAACACCGGUUAUCAGUUGGCCAUACCAACAGCUAUGCUAAGUCAGUUGUGAAUAUGGCAGAUUUAAUAUAUAAAGAACAUCUAAACACCAGGAUAGUAUUGGUUGCCAUGGAAACCUGGGCCACUGAUAACAAGUUCACCAUAUCUGAAAACCCACUGGUGACCCUUCGUGAGUUUAUGAAAUAUAGGAGGGAUUUUAUCAGAGAGAAAAGUGAUGCAGUUCACCUUUUUUCAGGGAGCCGAUUUCAGAGCAGUCGCAGCGGUGCAGCCUACAUUGGAGGAAUUUGUUCACUAUUGAAAGGCGGAGGGGUGAAUGAAUUUGGAAGGCCAGACUUAAUGGCAGUAACCUUGGCACAGUCCUUGGCCCACAACCUUGGCAUUUUCUCAGAUAAAAGGAAACUAUUAAGUGGUGAAUGUGAGUGUGAGGAUACGUGGUCUGGAUGUAUAAUGGGAGACACUGGAUAUUACCUUCCUAGCAAGUUCUCCAAGUGUGACAUUGAGGAAUACCAUGAAUUUUUAAACAAUGGAGGUGGUGCCUGUCUUUUCAAUAAGCCAUCCAAGCUUCUCGAUCCUCCUGAAUGUGGCAAUGGCUUCGUAGAAGAUGGAGAAGAAUGUGAUUGUGGUACUGUUGCAGAGUGUGCCAUUGAAGGAGGAGAAUGCUGUAACACAUGCACACUGACUGCAGGCUCACAGUGCAGUAAUGGACUUUGCUGUAGGAAGUGUCUGUUUGAAGCUAAAGGAGCUUUGUGUCGGGAAGCAGUAAAUGAUUGUGACAUUCCAGAAAGCUGCACAGGAAACUCCAGUCAGUGUUCUCCCAAUAUUCACAAAAUGGAUGGGUACUCAUGUGAUAACAAACAGGGUAUUUGUUUUGGAGGAAGAUGUAAAACCAGGGACCGGCAGUGUAAAUACAUCUGGGGUGAAAAAGUGACAGCUGCUGAUAGGUACUGCUAUGAGAAAUUGAAUAUUGAAGGGACUGAAAAGGGCAACUGUGGCAGAGACAAGGACACUUGGAUACAGUGCAACAAACAAGAUGUGCUUUGUGGCUAUCUUCUAUGCUCCAAUAUCUCAAGUGUACCAAGACUUGGAGAACUUGAUGGUGAAAUCACCUCUUCAGUCAUACAGUUGGGAAAAAUCUAUAACUGCAGCGGUGGCCAUGUUAAGCUAGAUGAAGAGACAGACCUUGGCUACGUAGAGGAUGGAACACCAUGUGGGACCAACAUGAUGUGUUUGGAGCACAGAUGCCUACCCACUGACAACUUCAACUUCAGCACCUGCCCAGGCACUGCAGAAGGCAAAAUUUGCUCAGGACAUGGUGUUUGCAGCAAUGAAAUAAAGUGUGUGUGUGACCGACUCUGGGGAGGAGAUGACUGCAGCACCCUUUUCAAAGGUCCUGCAAGUUUUGAUGAUGAUAUUACCAGCAAAGGUGUUGUUAGCACAAAUAUAAUCAUAGGGGCUAUUGCUGGCACCAUUUUAGUGUUGGCUCUUGUUUUAGGAAUAACAGCAUGGGGCUACAGAAACUAUAGAAGACAGAGACAAAUACCCCAGGGAGAUUAUGUAAAAAAACCUGGAGAGGCCGACUCUUUUUAUAGCGACAUGCCUCCUGGAGUCAGCACAAACUCUGCAUCUAGUUCUAAGAAGAGGUCUGCUUUUCUGUCGCAUUUUCAGAUAUCUACCUGUUCCAUCACCCAUUAUUCCAUUAGUCAGAACAUUUCAUUAUUUUGCAGCAGGUCAAAUGGAUUAUCUCAUUCCUGGAGUGAAAGGAUCCCAGACACAAAACAUAUUUCAGACAUCUGUGAAAAUGGGAGACCUAGAAGUAACUCAUGGCAAGGUAAUAUAGGAGGAAACAGAAAGAAGGUCAGAGGCAAAAGAUUUAGGCCACGGUCUAAUUCAACUGAGACUCUGUCUCCUGCAAAGUCUCCAUCUUCAUCCACUGGAUCUAUUGCCUCCAGCAGAAAAUACCCAUACCCGAUGCCUCCGCUUCCAGAUGAGGAGAAAAAAGCUAACAGGCAAAGUGCCAGGCUAUGGGAGACUUCUAUUUAGUCCCACUGUUUACCUGGGGUAACAUCAGAACUGUUUACUUCCACUUUUAUAUAAACUCAGCAUCACUGAGUCAUUGCACAUUCAUCUGCUCUUCAGACAACUUGAAAGAACAACAGAGAUGCCAGUGAUCACAGACAGAACCUCCUCUGGUAUACCAGGGUUAAUAAAGCCAGUCAUUUGCUGUUGAACAGAAUUUCAUGAAGUCUGUAAAGAACAGCUGAAAACAUAAAAAAACUAACCUCGGAUAAAUAGACUGGAUGUGACAAGGCUAUUCCGCAUGACAGAUACAUAUAGAUUUACAAUUAAAACUAAUUUACAAGUCCCAAAUAAAAGAGGUUUUUUCAUUGGUUUAAUGCAGUCCCAAAUAAUAGCAAAAUUGAAUUCAGAAUUUAGCAUUCUGAAACACGUGGCCAAUGUUACCAUUUAUGCUGUGUGCAUGAACCCUCUGUUCUUUCCUUUCCACAUGUAAGGGAUAAACAACAUACUAUAAUAGAAAUUAGCAUGCAGGAGUAAGAAAUAUAGGAUUUUGCUACGGGAUCUUAAGCUUUGAGGGGCAAAUAUCUAACAUAAACUUCAAACAAACAGGAAUUGCAUCUUUUUUACUUUUCGGGUUUAUAAUCUCAGUAUAUGGAUUGUAUAUAUGUAAACAUUUUAAAGUGUCAAAACAGAUGUUAUACAAAAGUGUAUUUUGCCAAAUGCCUAAAGAAACAGUCAUGAGUAACUUCAUCACACUUCAAAUGUUCUCAAUAUUAUGAGCAGACAGCUUUGGAAAUACAGUACUGAAAAUGUGUCUUCUCAGAAACUGGUGUUUGAGCAAAAUCUACAGUUUCCCUUUCUGUUAUAGGAAGUUAUGUCUGGGAUAUAUUAUUUAUUAGAAUCAAAAAGUAAUAUAAUACAGUGACAUUUUGUCUUAAAUCACCAUCUAAGGAACCAGCACACACAAAUUGCCUGGUAGAAAUGAUGAGUUUGUUUCUUCUCAUUAACAGUGGUGUAAAUCUAUGAAAACCGAGCCAGAAUCUUUAAUUAAGAAUGAUGGGAACUUUAUUAGAUACUUAGGAAAACUUCAAAGUGGUUGCUAAAGUAUUGGUGGUCAUCUGGCAGAUUUAUUGUGUAUAUGUAAUAAAGCACUUCAAAAUAUGUGUUGGAAUCACACAGCAAACUACAGCUUGUGAUCUUGUGCUGCACAGUAACUGAAAGCUUGGCAACUGGCCAAUUACAUUUAUUGGUAUCACUUGUAUGUGUAUUAGUACCUUAUGUGUAGAGUCCCUUAUGUCUCCUUUGCAAUUAAUUUGGGCCUUGAGCUGAAUGCAAGUGGAUCCAGCCCCAUCAAACUGUGGAUACAAAGACAAAUCCAUUACAAAGGAGACACUAUCCUGCAUGUAAAAUUCCUCAGCAAGAUGGCAUUAUCCAGACUGCCAGUCAUUUGUAUGCUAAGCACUGGAGGAUGUGUCAGACAUACAUUUACAAUUCCCUGAGAGACCUAAAGGAUGUUGUAAAACAUCCAAGGUCUUUUGAUUGUAAUUUUUCUUGUAAUAAUAAACAUGGCCAUUUUAAGCCGGUUAAAAAGAAAACAACCCCUCCUGUCAGUACUUCUCCGACAGUAACCAAUUCAUUAGCUCUAGUAACUCCAUUGCAGAAUAAUAUAUAUUUUUCAGUAUGGUAUAUUAAAACGCAUAGCCAACAGAAAAAACCCCCCAUGAGUUUCCGAAUCUUCUACCUCUUUCCCAUUUUUUCUUUAGUAAGUGACCCUACCAGUAGAGACUUUUUAAUGUACCUGAAUUUAUUUUAUUGUUAACCAAUUUCUCUCUUUGAUUAAAGGAAGUCAAAUCUAGGUGAAGGUUAAAUUAAGCAUUUUUUAAAGAUGUCAGCAUCUGUAAAGUAUGUAAGAUAAUAGAAAUACUAUAUUUUAUGCAUAAGACAGUGUACUGGGUUAAAUCUACACAAAACUGGCCUAGCAGGUCAUUAUUUUGGUAAGUAUUUUGAAAUGAUGACAAAUACAAAUGAGAGCAGAAUAUGGUUGUAGGGUAUUUGAAAAAGUGAAUGCAACUGCAGUGGUUUUGGGCAGAGAUUUUGCUGUUUGAUGCAGACUUAAAUAGUUGCCUGCAUUAAUUUUGCAAAGGUUUAUUUUGCAUGUAGGACAAGAAUGGCAGUAUUGCAGACAUUUUCAUCACUUGUGGAACUGAUCCACAGCCCCUUCAAGUCUUUGGGUGUCUUCCUGUUGAUUUCAGUGGGCUUUGAAUCAGGCUUUAAGCAUUUCACCCAAAUAAUGACAUUUACAUGUUAAAAUGACAGACCCCAUGUCUGAAAGAUGGCUUUUUCCUUCCUGCUAGUAUUACGUCCUUCGUAACUUAAAUGUUUAUCAUGUGCCUUUUCUGAUAUUUGUUUGGAAAACAAGUUUGCAUGUAAUUUUAAAUAACCAUGUUAGAUUUUGUGUAUAUUUUCUACGUUAUCUUUCUUACUUUCUUUUCCAUUUUCCCAUGAUCAAGAAGCAGCAAGAUUUGAUAGAUGAAACUGAAUGUGACAGUGGUGGUUUCUGUAACAUUCAUAGUUUCUUGUUUUGAAAAUGAAUUGUUCUCAUGACUACGCUUUUUAUGUAUUUUGUACUUGCAGCCUUUCUUGUUCUGAUGUCAUUCAUUCAUAGCACUUGCUCCGUGUAGUGUAAUUUCAGUCAUUUCUGAAUUUUGAAAAAUAUGCAGACAGGUAAUCUAAUUGUAAGCACUAACUUUAAAUUAAAUAAAAAGUGGCUUUCACUUUGGUGGGCUAGAAAGUGAAAACACCUAGCAUUCAAUAUCAGCUUUGUUUUUUGUGAAAUCUACUCUGGAGGAAUAUGAUACACCAUGACAGCGAUCUAGAAAAUAAAUGAAGCCAUUAUACAAAAAAGCUGGAAUAUGUAGGGCUGUAUGGCCCUCUAAAAACAAAGGUGAUUGAUUAGAUUAAACCAGAAGAGGAGUGUUUCAUAGCUUGCUUUGUUUUAAGUUUAAUACUUAUAAAAGGUGCCAGCUAGAUAGUCUUGGAGAUUGCCACGCUUUUUGUAACCACAGUGGUUACAUCACAGGCAGGAGUGGUGUCAGUUGCAGUGCCUUGUCCAGCUCAGAAGUCCAAAACUGGAAUAUCCAUAACAUUCAGUAAACCUAGUACAUUUGGCUCAUUGGCUUUUUUCCUAAGACCUGCUAUAAAGGUACCAGUCCAUGCCAGUUGCAGUGUAGAUACCCAUUGACCAAGAGUGCUGAGAGGUCACCACUUCAUUCACAUGAAUUUCUUAUAGGGCUUUUGUUCACUGGUAAAACAAGCUACUGUCGAACCAGGUAUCUGGUUUUCAUAAUGUGGCCUAAGAACAUCAUGGGCUCAUCUACACAUUGCCCCAUGGUGAUGUAGCAACAAGCUAUGUUGUUGUACAGUGCACUACAGUAACGUAGCAAUCACACAGGUCUACAUCUGAUCACCAGCUAUGUCGUCAUAGUGGUGCGCUCCCCCGAUGUAGUUCACCGCUACAGUGACAUAGCAGCAAAAUCUUACCAUGUGCCAUGCGCAUGGCACAGUAACCACCCGUACUGCACAGUGCUUUAGUACUUCUGAAAGGCGACAUGUAGAUUUGCCCCAUGUAUUUAAAAUAAAAGUAAUAUGGCUAAAAUGUUGAGGCUGGGAAAAGAGGAACUGCAUCCAAACUGUGAUUUGUCACUGUGCCACUCUUGCUCGCUUUUGUAAUGAGUGCCACAACUCUUGUCACUGAAGCUUACUUGCUGAUUCUGAUUUGUUUGGAAUCAAAUCAUCCACACAGAGAUAAUGCCCUGAGUAAUCUGUACUCCAGAUUUUUGGUGAACAACUUUGUACAGUUCAUCAGAAGUGCCUGUGAUGUACAUCUAAAUUUGUACAUCUAAAUAUGUUGUGUUCAAACAAAUAAGCAGGUCUGGUUUAAAAAAAAGGCUUUGAUGUUUUAAUUUUACAGUAUUCCCGUGUAUAACUAUGGUGUGUACAUGACCUAAAGUCAUUACUUAUCAGAUGUGAACACAUAUCUGAGUACAUAAUCUUCUGAAUGAUUUAACAGUUUUGUCCUUGGUGACUUUGAACCAGCCAGAUGAUGAAUUAUCAGGUUCUAUGCGUAUAACAAAUUUUAUUGUGUUGGGUGAGCAUUUAGUAGACUGUGGUUACAAUUAAAAAUGUAAGUGUGACAACAGAUAUCCAGUCCAGUUCCCUUUGAAUCUCCUUUGCUGGUAGAUUAACUCAGCGAAGACUAGCCACACAAGACUGACAACUGUUUUCAAAACUGGAGCGAGGAAUAACUAUUUUUCCUACAACUUCUAAUCAAAUUUGUAUUCUCCUUGUUGUUGAACAUUGUUUUUAGAGACCCAAAAUAUGGCUAAUGUGCUAUUAAUGUUUCUGACAGCACAUGGUAUUGUUCCCUUGUCCAAUCAGUGGGCUGUGCCUGGUGUGUCUUAUUGCUGUCUUCUGCAUGUAAGUUGUAACAAUUACAGGAUUUCCCAGCCAUGUCCAUAUAAUAGUUUUGGCUCAUUCCAACCAUAAGAAAAUUACAUACAAGAUUGGAAAGAACCUUUCACAUCAUUAAGUCCAGUUCCCUGCAAAUGUAAGAACCACAUCAUGCAAUCAUAGAAAUCAUAGAGGAGUAGGGCUGGAACAGACCUCAAGAGGUCAUCUAGUCCAACCCCUUGCCUGAGGCAGGAAUGAUUGUGUUCCCCCACCGGGUUUGAACCUGCAGUCCCCAACUUAGAACUGGCUGGGGUUGUUAGCUCUCAUUACUCUUAUAGAAGACUGUCCAGAAAUGCAGUACUAACUCCUCUGAUUAGAAACUUUUUCCUAGUUUUCAGCCUAAUUUUAUUCAGAGACAGUUUAUACUUGUUUGUCCCUGUGCUGGCAGGAUAAAGAAAAGCUAUCUGGGGACUUGCCCUGUCUUGUAUUCAUAACAGCAAACAUAUCUACUCUCAAUCUUUGUCUAACUAGGUCAAACAAACCAAGUUUGUUUUUUUAGUGUCCUCUAGUAAAUGGGGUGACGACUGGGCAACUGCAGAGCCUAGUAACAUUUAUUGUUUGAACAUGGAUGACCAGAAUUGUACGCAGAAUGCCAGAAGAGGUGUAGUGCCUUGUACAGUAGCAUUAGGACUUCCCCUUUGCUACAGAAAGUACCUUGCCUGGUGCAAUCUAGGAUAGCAUUUACCUUCCUUCAUAGCCAUGUCACAUUGGUAGCUCACAGUCCCAUUUCUAUGACUUCAGUCUUUAAAGUCAUUCUGUUCUUCCUGUGCAGUAUUCUAAUCCUCCCGAGUACUGGCAAUGCUAAAAAGACUAUGUUUGCUCUUGAUACUAAUCCUUGAAGAACUUCAGUAGGAAUCUCCCUCCAGUCAGGUAAGUUUUUUCUCUGCACGACUAGUUGUUGGUUUCCCAUUAGCCAGUUCCUUACGCACUUGUACUAUAGGACUAUAAUCUUUGAUAAAAUUCACCCUGAGCACUGAAAAAAAUCUCAGAGCCAUUAGCUAAAUCAUAGAUGACAGGCCAUGUCCCAGAAGACCUGAGGAGGGCUAAACUAGAGGCCAUCUAAAAAGGGAAAAGGAGGACCAGCAGAUUUAUAGACUGUCUUGAUCAUUGGGUGCGUCUACAUAGGACACUUAAUGCACAGAAGACUAAUUCUACUGUACAUUAGUGUGGCAGGCAGAGCCCAUGCUAAUGCACAGUAGAUUUAGUCUAAUGCACAGUAGUGUCACCAAAAAAAAUGUUCAUCUGUGCUAAUGUGCAGUAGCACUGAUUACGGCACAUUAUUACCUGUCUUUACCUUUAGUAGACUGUGGUUACAAUUAAAAAUGUAACUGGCACAACAGAUAUACAGGUACGAAUAAAAAUGUAGACAUGCCCAAUAGCAGCUAACAUGGACUUAUUAAGAAUAAAUUAUGCCAAACCAACCUAAUAGCUAACUAGUUUGAUGGAUGAAGGCUAUGCAGUGGAUAUAAUACAAUUAGAGAGUCUUUUGAUGUAGGCCCACAUGAGAGUCUCAUAAACUGGAGAAACAUGGGCUACAUAGAAUUACUGUUAGGUGGAUAAAUAAUUGGGUGAGUAGCCACAAAGUAUAACUAUAAACAGAACAGUGUUCAGAUAGCAGGAAGUUUCAGGUGGGGUGCCAGGUGUGUCCUGAGUUCGUUGUUGACAUUUUUAUUAUGGGUUUUUUUGUUGUUUUUUUUAUCGAUGCAGGAAUGGAGAGCUUCCUGAUCAAGUGUGCAGACAAAACAAAACUGUGAGGAGUUGCAAACGAUUUGGAGGAUUAGAGCAGAAUUCACAAGGAUCUUGAUAAACUGAAGACCUUAGCUCUAGAUGGCAAAAUGAAACCCAGUAAAGGCAAAUAUGAGGUGCCACCCUAAGGGAAGAAAAAGCAAAUGCACAAGUAGAGAAUGGGAGAUAAUUUGGUAGUCAUUAGUACUGCCAAGAAAGAUGUGGGGGUCACGGUGGAUCACAGACUCAACGUAAGUCAGCAAUAUGGUAUAGUUCCAAAAAUUAGCUAAUGUAAGUUUGGGAUGCAUUAACAGAAGUACUGUAUAUAGGGCAUGGGAGGUGACAGCACUACUCUACUCAAUGUUGGUUAGACCUCAAUUAGAACUCAAAAAGCCAAUUCUCAGCCUUUCAGCUAAGAUCUUUUGAACAGUUUGGGGCACUGCAUUUUAAGAAAGAUGUAGAAAAAAUUGGAAAGAAUACAGAAGUGAGACACAAAUAUGAUUAUGAGGAGGGCAGUCUAUUCUCUGUGGCCAUAGGUGGCAGGGCAACAAGUAGCUGUCUUAAAUUGUGACAAAGUUUUGGUUGGAUAUUAGGAAGAAAUUUCUAAUUAUGAGGGUGUUUAAGGAAUGGAACAGGUUACCUAGUGAGGUUGUGGACUCUCCAUUCCUGGCAGUUUUUAAAAGCAGGUUAGUCAAACACUUUUGAUAACUGGUGACAUUUCUGGUAGCUUUGCCUGCUGGUAUCAGCAUGGGCAACUGGUGCCUCCUGAGUCUGGGGGCACCAGAUCACUGACUGGGGGAGUGGGGGUCCCUUAGUGGCUGAUCGCCAAGCCCAAAAUCACCAGCAGUGAAACCGGAAGUGCACUUACACCAGCACUUCCAGUUUCGCGGCUGGCGUUUCCAGGGGGUGUAUGGCCAAUCUCAGGGGGUGCACGUGCACCCAUGUGCACCUCCUAUGCGUCGCAAAUGGGUAUCAGCCUGUGUAACUGGGACUUAACCAUGGGCAAAUAGCUCUCAGACCCAGUUGCAGUUCCACAGGAGCUUGACAACUGCUUGGAAAAGGCCCACAGAAGUCACAAUUUUGCUGUCUGAAAAAGGCAGCAGAAACAAGUAUUGACAUUUCAGGACAUAGCAAUGUUGUACCUUGGGGAAACUUUGUAUCUAUUUUUAAAAGCAGUUCAGCUAAAACAAUUUGGCUUCUUUAAACCAUCCCCAAUCCCAAAAGAAGGUAUAGACAACAGUUCCAACCAGGUUUAAAACCAGAUAUUACAUUUCAGCAAUGUAAACAGGUCCUGACUGCCAGGAGUUAGAAAAGGAAGAGGAAGAAUAGGGGCAAUAAAAAAGAGAGGUAGUUGACAGGCCUGGCCCUUGGAAAGGGAGUACUGGCAACUCAGGAGUCUUAUAUAAAUCCAGUUGUUAACAUUUUUAAUGUUGGUUUGAGUUACAGGAGCAUAAAAAUCAGAACAGCAAACUAAUUUCCUUUUGUUUGUUUCUACAUUCCUCUGACUUAAAAAUGAACAGAGUUUUUAAAUAAGAAUCAAACCUAACACGAGGCCUUAAGACCUUAUCUAUUCCAGCUUUAGCAUGCAGAGUCUAUUUUUUACAACCAAGUUACAAAUCCUUGUAAAUAGGCCUGAUCGACCUUUAAGUACAGAGGUGCUAGCAGAUAACCAUAUAAUAAGUAAGGCUGUAAUACAGUUAGUGCUAAUAUAUCACGUUGUACUAGUACAUGGAUUCCUGCUCAUUGUCUGUGUAGACAACGUAUGUAUUUUAUGUUAGGGAAUAGAGUCUGGUGCAUAUUCAAACUGUCAAUAUAUAAUCUGUUUUUCUUAUAAGAUUAUCUUAAUACUUAGUGUUUUAUAUAGAUUUUAGUACUUUCCUUUUUUAACUAUUGCACAAAUGCAAACGUUCUUGUUUUCAAAAUAGCAAAUUAUUACAGAAUUUUUAAUCUGAUGGAGAAAAUCUUAUUUCCAUCUUGACCUGUUCUCAGAAACGUUUUGGGUGUGGUGCAUAUGAAUUGGCUCUGCCAGCUUUGUUUUGCGCUUGUGUUUAUCUUGUAAGUUGCCAUAUAAAAGGAGCUCUGUCUUUUAAUUGCUGAUGCCGCCCCUGCUAGUAAAACAUUCACAGUGACAAGGACUAUUUUGUUUCACCGUUAGGGUGUGGCUACUGUUGGCCUAAGUCAUCAUGUGACAUUACGUCGUCUUUGCUGCCUGAGACCCUUCUAAUCUUCCACUAGGUUGUAGUCAUGAGAUUUUGACAAACACCAAAAUGAAACGCUGCACAUUUUAACACCUCAGUUUUGAGUGUGAUAUUUUUGUCAUAAAUAUUACAGGCAUUAGGCUGUUCAAGUGAAUGAAUCUAGCUUUCCUGUAGCUAAACAAAAUAUUGCUUUUUUAUAAAAUACAGCCAUUGUAAUUUGGGGUUCUAAAUUCAUGCACAUUUUUAUUAACAUCAUAGUAUCCACUUCUAUGAGAGUAUUUAAUACAAAUGCCUGUGGUUUUCAAUGUUACUAACAUUGUAACAUCAGUAAAGUGACUUUCAAUGAAAAAGACUGUUGUGUGAAUUUAUUUGUGCAGUUUUUUUUAAUGGUUAACACUAGUACAACCUGCUUUAACAGGCCUCUUAAAUACGGGUGGUGAGGGCAGUGGUUCCUAAUUGAUAGCAGUGGAAUGAAGAUAUGCUUAUUCAGCAUUCCAGAUGCAACUUGGCAAAUGAUAGUGCAAACAUCCCACAUAGUAACCUCCUGCUAUGCCUUGUCCUUGUUACAGAGGAAGUAUCUGCAGUGAUGACUUAGUUUCUCUUUCUAGCUGGGAAGCAGCUAACCAGAAAAACAUGAAUGUGACAGAAUAUUUCCCUUCUAAAACCCAGAACUAAUCAAAACAGAAGCAGCACUUUUCCUAAUCUGAACUCUAGUAGAGAUCUCUAGUGAACCUUCUACGACAUACGAAAUUUUCUCCCAGCAUGCCUUUUGGGGUUUGAAUCUUUAAGUUUGGCAGAGACAGAACCUCAGUUUUAAAGCAGUCAUUUUGUACCUGACAGCUGCUUGCUGUCUCUCCCAUUCUAUACUAGUAGGUAAUCCUUAACUCUGGUUUGUUUUUUCCUAUGCCUUCUUAAAUGGUGGUACAUUUUGUACAUCCAAAUAACCAUCCUAUGGCAAUAAGGUUUAAUUGGGAGCUUAGGCCUAAUUAAAAAAAACAAAAAUCCAGCCAAAUCUUUCUUGCAUCUUGAGAUCAGAGAGUUUGAAGUGGAAUGUCUGUCCUCAAAUUUGCAAAGACUGGUUUAAGAAGAAUAAUAAGCUGGGGGACUUUUAUUCCUAUAACAUGCUGGUAAACCACUUUUAUUAUGAAUGCAUAAUAAUGAUAUCAAGUCAUAAAAUUAACAAUGAAAACAGGAUUUUCUUUAGCUAUGUGCAUUUAAGAGAUUGAUAAAAAAUAAAUUAUUUUUAACUACUAAAGCAAAGGCAAAUCCCUUAAUGUUUUAUCAACUUGAUUCCCUUCUUGGAUGUUGAGGAUUUCAUUUUAUAGAUAUGGUUGCAUAGCAUUUUCAACAAAUUAUCUAGGAAUAAGAUGCGUCCUCAUCUUCACUUAUUACAAGAACCUGAAAUUUCGGUAUUAACUCUUGGUAUUAGGCAUGCCCAGCGGCGAUGCAUAGGGGGUGCAUUCGGGUGCACAUGCACCCCAUGAGUGUGGUGAUGAACCUCCUGCAAAAAGGCGGGUGGUCGCCAACCCUUUGUCGGCACUCGCCAAGGCCUCUCCCCACCCUGCCACCAACAGCGUCGGCGGUGUCUGCAGGAGCUCUGCCACUCUCCUGCUGCUGCCAUGCCCUCAGCGACUGGGGGCACAGGUCCUUCCUGGGCAUGCCGCUGUCUUCAGCUGGAUGCAGAGCUAGACUACUUAAGCUACUGAGUCACAAGUUGGUUCUUUGAAAGGUACAUUAAGCAAAAAAAAACAACUUUUGUGGGCUUAUGCUUUCUUUUUACAGUAUUUUUUUUAACAUAAAAGCUAGUCUACACUCAUAUCAGAGCAAAGGCACUGAAAUGAAGUCUGGGAAGAAAAUGGAGAAUUUCUACUUUUUGUUUCUAAAACUACAUACUUCUUGGCUUGGCUGCUCCAAAAAUAACAUUUUGUGUCAUGAGCCUUAUUCUCAAAUGACUAUGCAAACAAUACGUCCACUGAAAAAGUGCCCAUUUUGUAGUUGGCAAAAUAAAUAUGUUGUACUAAACUAUCUGCACAAUAACUAUUAUAACACAUUAAGUAAGAUUUUUGCAUGCAACUCCAUAUAACAGUAGUCAAAAUGCACAAUGAAACUGAAAUUUUAAAUCAGACUUUUAUUUUUCAGGCAUAAUUUUGCACCUACAGGUAGUUGUAUUUGCACCUGUCUUAUAGAGUAAGCUAGCAACAUAAAUUAUGUGAAAUGUUGUACCACAAAUUGAGGCCCCAAAAGUCCAGACUGAGAUGUCUAAUAUGCUAUAUUCAUCUUUUGGGGAUGGGGGCUCAUCUUCAGCACAUGCAAAUUCUCCCUUUCCUGUAGUCGUAAGUAUUGUUGUGCCAGGAAAAAGAUAAUUCAAAGGGAAAAGGUAAUGGCGUGUGGUGGUGGUAGGGUUUUGGGGAGGUGGUUUAAAGUCUCUGCAUUUGGUAGCAUGAUCAAAACAGGAUAAAGAGGAAGCUCUGACCCUUGCACAAAGAACCUGAAGAAAAGCCCACUGAAGUCAAGGAAAAGAUUUCUGUUGAAAUUUAAUUGGUCUUGAAUCAGGCACAAGACAUAGCAGUCAUUUUUCUAGAUUUCUUCACACCAACAUGGAUGUCUUCUUUGGAUCCUGUUGGACUAAAGUAAAAUUACUUUAAAAAUGUUCUUUAUAAGAAAGAAGGUUGUAUUUGGUGCCUAACUCAUUGUGUUAUAAACAGACCCGGUUUGAUAUAAUCAUCAGGGGUAGAAUUCUAUUUCCCUCUGAGUGUCUAAGUGGUCGUUUGCUAUCAGCAUGGGUGGUGUUUUUGGCACUUACACACUAGUUGUGAUGAUUACCCCUGUACUGUGGAUACAAGAGUAUGCAUGCAGACAGAGCAUGUUCAGUCAGCAAUGCAGUGGCUGGGCAUGGAUAUGGCUAUGCAUGUACAACCAUUCUGGAUGUGCAAGUUAGGAAAAUGUAGCCAAAUAGAAAUCUGGAACUAGGAGGAGGUAAGGACC